AUGCCAACCCUCCCGCUGCCACUGCCUGCGAAAACGGCGAACCAAACCCACUCAACUACAGUACCUACAACAUACAAUCGGAGGGUGGGAAAUGGCAGCUGUGCUGAUAUUUACCGAAUUUCUGAAGACCGCGUUCUCAAAACCCCGAAGAUUUACCCCGAAAGCUACCACCCUGAUCUGGAAUAUUCCAACUUCAUGCAUCGUGAAGAGAUACAGAAUGAGAAACUUGUCUUUGAACGUUUAGGCAACCAUGAAGGCGUUAUCCGCUGUCUCAAUCAGCACAGCGAUUCAAUUGUACUCGUUUUUGCCAAUCAAGGUGACAUGGAAAACUACAUCGAACACAACCCUUGCCCAAAGCAGGAGCUCAGGGUGCAGUGGGUGAAAUCAUUAAUUGAUGCGUUCUGUUACAUCCAUUCCCGCCGAGUCGUUCAUCAAGAUAUUGCAUUACGCAACAUCCUCCUCCAUAAUGAUUCACCUAAAUUUUGUGACUUUGGCCAGUCGGCUAUGCUACCAUUAGAUACAGACAUGGAACAGUUUUGUGUUUACGAAACGACCCCCCAAGUUGAACUACUUGCACUUGGAUCCUUGCUAUACUCCAUCAUUGUUUGGAAACGUUUCGAAUACGACUAUUUUGAGAACAAUCGUUUACCAGAACCACAGGAGCUGCCCACGACAAAUGGCAUUCCUUUUGGUUCCAUCAUCAGAAAAUGUUGGUCUGGACAGUACGCGAGUAUGGAGGCGCUGAUGAAAGAUUUCCGUGCUGUCUCUGAUCGUCAAAAUUCUGAGCGACAACCAUUAACCUGGCGGGGAGCUUUGUUAGUAUCAUUUGUCGCAUCGUUUCCUUAUGUUAUUCACUGGCUUGGGGUGGCCCGAUUGCCUCAACUAAAGGAGUAA